GAUAAACAGUUCUAAGAACCGAAGGAAAAACAACACUAUUAAUCCUUCAUACACAGCAUUUUACCUGUUUUUUGCAUAUCUGUUUCGUUUCUGUCACAAAUAUACCUUUUUUCUGGGAACAACGGGCCUUAAGAAGUCAGUAAAUGUCAGUCGGGCCGUGCAAAACAUCGGCAGUAUCUAUCGCAUCAAGAUCGCUCGUCACUAGCCACUAAAAAGAUAAUUUCGUAAAAUUGCGUUGUAUAUGGACUGCUAAAAUUCGUAAGUCGUAAUAACCGUAGAGUAUUUAGUGCAAGGACUCUAGUAAAAGGACUGCAAGCUGCGUGAAGUGUUUGCGGCACUUGUUGGAUCUGCCUUAACUGCGCAAAUAUAGUUUUGCCAUCGAGUCAGAGAUAUUGCAACAACAAAACAGUGAAAAACGUGUGUGCGCUUGCUGAAGAAAGCAUUUUUUUAAAUUUCGGAGUAAAAACCCAGGAUGCCUAAGCGUGGUGGCGGCGGCGGCGGUGGAGGCGGUGGCGGCGGCGGUCGACAGCAGUACAACAACAACAUAGGCAAUGGCGGCGGCGGUGGCGGCGGACGUUACUCCGCACUCGAAGAUUAUGAUGAAGUGGAGGACCGCCAGCGGCGCAAGGAUCGCAACAAGCGUCGCGUCAGCUUUAAGCCUUCCCAGUUUCCACACAACAAGAAGGACAUCAAGUUGCGUCCCGAGGAUUUGCGGCGCUGGGACGAGGAUGACGAUAUGAGCGAUAUGACCACAACCGUCAAGCAGGACCGACCCAGCUCCCGACGACGAGGAUCACCCAUUCCGCGCGGAAAGUUUGGCAAACUGAUGCCCAACAGCUUUGGCUGGUAUCAAGUGACGUUACAAAAUGCACAGAUAUACGAAAAGGAAACACUUUUGCGGGCCCUAUUGGCAGCGAUGUCGCCCCACGUCUUCAUCCCGCAAUAUUGGCGGGCAGAACGCAACUGCGUGGUCUUCUUCACCGACGACUACGAGGUGGCCGAGCGCAUCCAACAUCUGGGCAGGCACGCCCAGCUCCCCGAUGGUUAUAGGCUAAUGCCACGCGUGCGCAGCGGAAUACCACUGGUGGCCAUCGACGAUGCCUUCAAGGAGAAGAUGAAGGUCACCAUGGCCAAGCGGUUCAACUUGCAGACCAAGGCAUUGGAUCUCUCCCGAUUCCAUGCCGACCCCGAACUCAAACAGAUCUUCUGCCCACUCUUCCGGCAAAACGUGAUGAGCGCCGCCAUCGACAUUAUCUGCGAAAAUAUUCCCGAUCUGGAGGCCAUCAACCUGAAUGACAACUGCAUGACCAGCAUGGAGGCGUUCAAAGGCGUUGAGAAGCGUAUACCGAACCUCAAGAUCCUCUAUUUGGGGGAUAACAAGAUACCAUCAUUGGCCCACCUUGUGGUGUUUCGCAACCUGUCCAUCUUGGAACUGGUUUUAAAGAACAAUCCGUGCCGUUCUCGCUAUAAGGAUUCGCAACAAUUUAUCAGCGAAGUACGUCGCAAGUUCCCUAAACUACUGAAGUUGGAUGGAGAGGCCCUGGCGCCGCAGGUUACUUUUGAUCUUAACGAGUCUGGAAGAAUUCUCGAUACGAAGGCCUCCUUCCUGUGCGACAACGCCGGCGCCGAGGUGGUGCGCCAGUUCCUGGACCAGUACUUCCGCAUAUUUGACUCGGACAACCGGCAGUCCCUGCUGGAUGCCUACCACGAAAACUCAAUGCUCUCUAUAACGAUGCCGUCAGCCAAUCAGGCGGGAAGCCGCUUGAAUAGCUUCUGGAAGUUCAAUCGCAACCUGCGAAGAUUGGUGAACAGCGACGACCACCGCACCCGGCACUUGAAAUACGGACGUCUGGCCUGCGUUUCCACGUUGGACGAAUGGCCACGGACACUGCACGAGCGUCGCACCUUCACCGUCGAUCUGACUAUUUUCAAUACUUCAAUGAUGGUGUUUACCGUGACUGGAUUAUUCAAGGAGCUGAGCGGCGAAGCCAGCACUCCCGCCUCCAUGCAGUCGUAUGAACUGCGCCACUUUGCCCGCACCUACGUGGUGGUGCCGCAGAACACCGGCUAUUGCAUCCGCAACGAGACCAUCUUCAUCACGAACGCCUCGCAGGAGCAGGUGCGCGAGUUCAAGCGAUCGCAGCACCAGCCGGCUCCCGGGGCCAUGGCCUCGACUUCGGCAAGUGUCACGGCGACCAGCACGCAGCUGGCGACGGGUCUGCAGGGCCGUCUCAAUCCGGGCGGCAUUGGUGCGGUGGCUGGGGCGGUGGCCAUUCUACCGGCUGCUCCGCUGGCAUCCACCUCACCGGUGAACAGCGGCAGUGCCGCAGUCCCAGUAGCGGUUGCGCCUAGCGGCACAGCGGGCAUGCAAGAUGAAAACACCAAAAUGCAGAUGAUACAAGCCAUGAGUGCGCAGAGCCAAAUGAAUGUGCUAUGGAGCCGAAAAUGUCUGGAGGAAACGAAUUGGGAUUACAACCAUGCCGCCUUUGUGUUCGAGCAACUUUUCAAGGAAAACAAAAUACCACCCGAGGCUUUUGUCAAGUAAAUCUAAAAAAGUUGGACUAGUAGGAGUUGCUGAUGCUCCCGAUAAACAGAGCAAAGUGCCACGUACACAAAAUCAAAUGUUUUGUUUAUUUGUUUUCGUUUUGUAAUUAUUUUAUAAAUCAUUUGGAAUCACCCCUAAACUGUAAUAAACUGGGAAGUUGUGACCACAAACGGGCAGUAGCGAUUGUUAGCCCAGCUCUGCGGACAUUGUGCCACAACGAUUAUAGCCCUUUGAUAGGUAUAUUUAUCUCGCUUUAAGUUCCGUCCGCAGACCCGCUGGCCAACACUAGAACUUGAGUGCCAGGACGAGUCUGCGAACGGUUGCCCCUUAGAAUUAAGAAUUGUUUCUAGAACCCUAACCGAACCCACACACCGAAAAAAUAAUUUGUACAUCAAUGUUAUCAAAACAAAAGCAAAACAAAUUAUAGUUUAAGCCACCAAGGCUUUCCUGGCAAAUGCGAUGUAUGGAGUGCAUCUCUCGCCCUCGUUUUUAAUCCUGUCUGUCCCGCUUCUCAAGUAGCCUUAAAUUUUGAUAUAAAAAGACCAUCGAAUGAAUACAAACAUAAUUGAAAACAAGCGUUUAUUAGUAGGAAACUUGGACAAGCAAUAACAAUGACCAUUGUGUAAAUUUUGUAAUGAAUCAGAAACCAACAUUACUUUUUUUUCCUUAAUAGCAAAAACAACAUCUUCAAUUCAUGCUUAGCCGUAAGUCCAAUUAAAAUUAAGUGUGCGGUAUAUAGAAAUUAUAUAUAUAAAUAUUUAAGUGUAGAAUCGUAAAUAAAUUUAUUAGAAUCGAA